AAGAGAGAGUGAGUACAGCCAGAACAACAACAAUAGCAAUAAUAACAACAACAGUAACAAUAAUAAUAGCAACGUAAGCCAUAAUAAUAACAACAAUAAUAACAACAACAGUAGUAGUAGCAGCAGCAGCUACCUGUCGCCGAAAUUCAAAUACACGGAUUAUUUGAAGUCUUCAUCCCCGCUGAUUGGCCAGAAAAGUUACCAGUUUUCAACCAAUAACAUGAACAACAACAACAACAACAACGUUAGUAACAUUCUCGGCAAUGAUAAUAUGUGUAACGUCGUUUUGUCACCAAACAACAACAGCAGUAGCAACAAUAACAACAACAACAACAGUGGUGGUUCACUCAUGUUUUGCGAAAGUUUAAAGGAUAUAAACGCAUGCCCCCAGCAACACAGCAACAAGUACGGCAAGUCCGUUGAUGAAUUGAAAUCGCAACAACUUCCGACAAAACAACAACAGAAACUUACAAAAGAUCAUAUAUCGAGUUCGGAUGACGAUCAGGAAAACAACAACAACAACAACAACAACAACAGUAUUGACAACAACGCCAACAAUUUAAACAUCGUCAACAACAACAACGAUGACGACGACGACGAUUCGUCAACAGCAACAUCAACAGCGGCGACAACCAAUGACAAGCAAGCGUUUGCUCACGUGACAUUCAACUGCACUUCCGCUCUACAGUUUCCAUCCAAUCCACUCUCACUUUCCUGUCAAUAUUUUGGCGCCCAAAAAUAUUCUCCAAUCACACACGGGGGUUCGUUAAACCCUUUCGACACCCAGUUCACUUCGUAUCCUUAUCACCCGCAUUACGCCCCCUCAAGUAUCUCCCCCUCGCCGUCCACUACUCCCUCAAACCUUCACUACGGAUCGGCAUCGUUCGAUCCGACAUUCAUGAGCUACGGUUUUGGCAGACCGAGUGCCAAUCCCCCUCAAUUCAUAAGUCCCAAUCCUGGUUCCUACAUUUCCUGCUCCUAUCCCGACACGAUAGGGAUGUACCAGAAUCAUGCCACUGGUCACUUGGCAUCACAUUUCGCUGGUGCAAUCUAG